AAAAAAAAAAAAAAAGGAUAAACAAAACGAGAUGUUUUUUAAUGAAAAUAUAUUAUUUGCAUUUAAAUGUUAUCGCUUAGUAAUAAUAAUAAUUAUAAUAUCACCUACAUCUAGCCUUAAUAAUGUAAUUCCAUGCUUGUGUUAAUUAUCCAUGCAAACCGACGCUGUGUCAUUUCCACGUUUUUGCUAGAAGCGCUUCGCCUAUAAACGUAUUUAAGAACUGAAGUUCUUAAAAUAUGUGCAUCACAGACGCGUGUGUGUGUGUGCACCGUGCAGGCUGUGCUGAACAGAAUUAACACUGAGGAGGAGCGCAGGGAGUUUGCAUGUAUUUAUAGUAGAACCCCAGCACCGUGGACCCGGGCGCCCGUGUGAUCUCCACGAUGCUCGCUCCGGCCACGCUCUUCUCCCUCAUCCUCCAGAGCGAAAUGAUCAAGCGCCCCAGCGGCCACGCCCACAGCCAGGAGCCGCGCCACAGCCACGCUGCGCCCGUUGCCACGGUGUCUGGAGUCCCCAUGGAAACGGUUGCCGCGGAGAGGGAGGAGGAGCUUGCUGCUGACCCGUCUGCAGGGGUUGCCGAGGAAACGGUGGUGGAGGAUGGGGUUACCAUGGACGCAGACAUGGAGGUGGGGGUGGGGGCAGAGGUGGAGCUGCAGGAAGGGGCCGACAGCGUGGCCCCUGAACUGUCUGUGGGGAAGGAGCUCUUCAGCCAAUCCAAGUGGGACCUGUCGAGCCUGUCUGAUGAUUCAAGCGAGGAAGAGGGCAAGGGGAAUGAGUUCCUCAGCCAGUCCAAGUGGGACCUGUCCAGCCUGUCUGCGGAUUCGAGCGAGGACGGGUGCAAGACAAGGGGCCCCAGAGACAGGGGGACGGGAGCCGGAGGGGGGAGGGUCUGCCGGGAGUGUGGCCGCUCCUUUCCCUCCUGGGAGGAGCUCUCCCUGCACUUCCGGGAUCACCAGCCGGAGAUGACCUGCAACAUCUGCAGGGUGGUCUUCCGCAGGGUCCCGUCGCUGAGACUGCACCUGUCCAACGCACACCGCGACGCGUCCCUGCGCUGCCACUGCGGACAGGCCUUCCCGGCGGUCUGGGACCUCAACCUGCACCUCGCCUCCCACUGCAGCCACCGGGAGCUCCAGUGUGAGCUCUGCCACAUGCCCUGCCCCACCUACGCCAAGCUCAACCAGCACCGGCUGAUGCACGCGCCCCGCCCGCCCAGGUACCAGCCCGACAGGACCGCGACUCCCCCCACUGCGGGGGCCUCGCUGGCCGGCUCUCCUCAGGGAGGGUUUCCCAGCAGACCCGUCGAGACGCCAUCGCUGCCUCCGACGACGACGCAGGAGGAGGAGUGGGGGGACCACGCCUACGUUUACAAGAACAGGAAGAGGAACAACUUCGCCGUGGUGGUCCGGAGCGUCAACUCCGUGACUCUGCGGUUCCCGCGGGAUUCCGUGGCGGAGGAAAACCGGGAUAAGAAAAUCCACGUGGUGGUGGUGAGGAACGUGACAGGGAGGAAGGCUGAGGGAAUCAAACAGGAAGAAGGGGGCGGGGACGGGGAUGGGAGACCCGCACAGGUUCAGGGUUACCGGGCGAUAGAACACCCUGCUGAAGAGGAGGAGGAGGAGGAGGAGGAUGUGAAACCGGACGUGUCCUCUCUGGUGCCGCCGCUCCCGGCUGCCCUCUCCAGUCCCGCGCUGCGUUCGCAGGACGCUCUGAAAGAGGAGGAGAGCUCCUGCCCGCCCGCACUCCCGGACCCCGCGCUGGACUCGGAGACAGAGAGCAUCGCGGAGUCGAACCCGGUCCUCCCCGAGAGCUCCAGCGACUCGGACAGCUUACCCCAGGGUGACUCGGAGUUCAACCCGGGGGAGGUCUCUGACGCGUCCAGCGAGGACUCAUCUUUCUCCAGCGGGAACUCCAGCGGCUCGUCCUACAGGCCCAGGAAGAGGCGUGGCUCCAGCGGCAUCGGGGGCGGGACCGGGCGAAACCAGCCGCGCUCCUUUCAGAAACCGCUGAGACCCAUUCGGCCCAACCCCAGCAGCACGACCGCUCCCCCUGCUGCCGACACGGCUUCACACACAGCGUCCCCGUCCAAGUGCCCGCACUGCAGCAUCGCCUACAGCAGCCCUUCUUUGAUGCUGCGCCACGCCCAGAGCUGCCCAGAGCGGCCGGUCACCGUGGCGUGCGAGCUCUGCUCCCUGACCUUCCCCAGCCAAAACAGUCUGAUCCAGCACAAGGCGCAGGGUCACCACUGCGUGCGCAUGUACGCCUGCCACCUCUGCAGGGAGGUCUUCCCGGACUUCGUCAUCUUCAGCCGGCACGAUUGCCCGUCCCUCAACUCGCCAUCCUCGUCUCGACAGCUACCAACGUCCGCUGCUGUCCAGAGCGCCGGCCCGGGGGCGGUCACGCACGAUGCUCGAGGCUCGCCGGCAGUGGCCCUCAUCAGCCCUCCUCCUCCUCCUCCUCCUCCUCUGCAGUCUGCCAACACCGCACCCCAGCUUGUGCUUCAACCUCCCGCCCCCGACCCUAACGUGGCAACAGACGUGUAUCCGAUCAGCGAGACGCUUCUCAGUACAAAUGUCGCCUCCUCCAGUCCCUCCCCGAAUCCUAAUCCUAGCCCCGAUCCCCACCCAGCUCCAAACCCGGAGCCUCUGAAGAUCCUGGGGCUCUACGUCAACCUGAGCAAGGAGUCGACCUCAGAAGCAGGCCCCCUCGCUCCCUCCACCCCCCCCGCCCCCCGACGCUGCCUGCCCCGGGGUGUGCUGUUUGAGUGCCGGCAGUGCGGCGCCAGCUCCCCCCAGCCCUCCCUGCCAGUGCGACACCGCUACCUGCACCGGGGCCCCCGGGCUCACCGCUGCCAGUGCGGCAAGGCGUUCACACGCAGCCUGCAUCUCCUCCGACAUCAGGUGCGCCACGCCGAGAACAGCCGCUACAUCUGCGGGCCCUGCGGGGCCACCUUCACAGGGGCCUCGCGCCUCGCUCGCCACAAGAAGAGGAAGAGGAGGAGGAGGAGGAACAGGAAGGGGACGAGACGGAGGGCGUGUCAGGACCCCUUCAGGUGCGUCUGCGGGCUGCCUUUUAAAAAGCCAGCCGCCUACCUCUGGCAUAAACUGAAGAAUUCGAAAUCCAGGGCUAAGAAGCCUUAAGUGGGCUGCCCUGGCUGGUUUUGUUUGUUUUUGUUGGGAUUCUUGUAUGGAGUAUUGUACAUAUGCAUAGUUUUUUGGGGUUUUUUUUGCAUUUUGUAAUAAAAUCUCAAGUGAAAGGUAAA